UGUGUUAGAGUGGGAGAACCUGGCGAAGGAGAGGGCUCCCGUUUUCUGAGAACCGCACCUGAGCCAAGUAUUGUCAUGAACAGCAACCACCAAAGUAAUUACAAACUCAGUAAAACUGAGAAGAAACUCUUAAGGAAACAAAUUAAAGCCAGGCAUACUUUGCUGAGACAUGAAGGCAUUGAGACAGUAUCUUAUGCUACUCAGAGUCUGAUUGUUGCCAAUGGUGGUUUGGGUAAUCAAGUGAGUAGGAACCAACUGCUCCCAGUUUUAGAGAAAUGUGGAUUGGUGGAUGCUCUCUUAAUGCCACCUAAUAAACCCUACUCAUGUGUAAGAUACAAAACUGUAGAAGAAUCCAAGAAAGCCUAUGAUACGCUCAAUGGCAAAGAAAUAGUGGAUGAUUUAGGACAAAAGAUCAUCCUGUACUUGAAUUUUGUGGAAAAAGCACAGUGGAAAGAGUUGGGGCUUCAAGCCUUGCCUCCAGGUCUCAAAGUAAUAGAAGAAAUUAUUUCUUCUGAGGAUGAGAAAAUGCUUUUGGAGAGUGUUAACUGGACAGAAGAUACAGACAAUCAAAAUUGUCUUCCUGACAUUUGUGAGAGCAUUUUAGAGAAAUGGUUGAAGGAAGGAUUCAUUAAACAUAAACCUGAUCAAUUGACUAUAAACCAGUAUGAACCUGGGCAUGGAAUUCCUGCUCAUAUUGACACACAUUCAGCUUUUGAGGAUGAGAUCAUUUCUCUCAGUUUGGGAUCAGAGAUUGUCAUGGAUUUUAAGCACCCAGAUGGUAUGACAGUGCCAGUUAUGCUGCCUUGUCGGAGUUUGCUGGUGAUGACAGGAGAAUCUAGAUACCUUUGGACCCAUGGAAUCACACCCAGAAAAUUUGAUACUGUUCAAGCAUCCAAGGGUCACAAAAGUGGAAUUAUCACCAGUGAUGUUGAAGACUUAACUUUAAACAAGAGGGGAAUACGGACAUCAUUUACGUUUAGGAAAGUGAGGCAAACACCUUGUAAUUGUAGUUACCCUUUGGUCUGUGAUAGCCAGAUGAAGGAGACUCCUGCAUCAUUUCCAGAGAGUGAUAAAGAAGCCUUACAACUGGAGCAAGAUUAUGUCCAUCGGGUUUAUGAAGAAAUUGCUAGGCACUUCAGCAGCACGAGACACACCCCUUGGCCACAUAUAGUAGAGUUUUUGAAAGCUUUGCCGAGUGGUUCAUUAGUUGCUGAUAUUGGAUGUGGAAAUGGAAAGUAUCUUGGCAUCAAUAAGGAGUUAUAUAUGAUUGGCUGUGAUCAUAGCCAAAACCUUGUGGACAUUUGUAGAGAGAGGCAAUAUCAGGCCUUUGUCUGUGAUGCUUUGGCAGUACCAAUCCGCAGUGGAUCUUGUGACGCUUGCAUUUCCAUUGCUGUUAUUCACCAUUUUGCUACAGCAGAGCGUAGAGUGGCAGCUCUCCAAGAACUUGUUCGACUCCUAAGACCUGGUGGGAAGGCGCUCAUCUAUGUUUGGGCUAUGGAGCAAGAAUAUAAUAAAAAGAAGUCCAAGUAUCUUAGAGAAAACAGAACUAGCCAAGGCAUGAAAGAGGAAAUCAGCAAUGAUACAUCAGUGCAAGAGUUGCUUGUGAAGCAGUUGCCUAAUGUAGGCAAUCAAGACUCAGCACAUUCUGUCUCCUCCAUAAAUGACCUUCAAGAUGGAGGAUGUAAUUCAAGGAAUGUUGCUAAUUCCAAGUUGCCUAUUCAUACUAACAGGACUUCUUUUCAUUCUCAAGACUUACUGGUUCCCUGGCACUUUAAGGGAAAUCCUGGUAAGGACAAGCGUGUUGAGCCAUUUGGUCCAUUAGGAUCCUGUGACCCAGGUCCUGUAUUUCAUCGUUAUUACCAUGUGUUUUGUGAGGGAGAAUUGGAAGCUGCCUGCCGGACUUUGAGUAAUAUCAGCAUACUGCAAAGUUACUAUGAUCAGGGGAACUGGUGUGUAAUUCUUCAAAAGGUCUGAUUAUUUCUAUGAACAUAUUAUAUAUAGGGAAGAAGUGCUCGACGUUUUUUUUAAAAAAUGAGAUUAAAUUAGCUAUAUUUUUUAAUUAAAGAGAAAAUGUGUGGAAAAGUAUCAAAGGAGAGUGCCUGGGAGAAAUUUGAAAGAGACUAGUUAGUAUAUAUUCAGUCUACUACUAUUGCUGACAUCACUUAAUCCAUGAUGGAGGAACAGGAUGGUUUUAAAAGUAAUUGAAGUAGUUCGUGAAAUAUUUGGGAUCUUAGGGUGAGAGUACAGCAUUUUGAAGAUAAACUUUUGUUAUAAAGCAUUGAUAAAUGAACUAAAUUAUGUAGACUCUUAAUGAAGUAAUCACAUAACAUUUUAUCAAUAAUAAAAUAUUCCUGUUCAGUAGAAAAUUGUCUGAAAUUUUAUCUGUGAUUGUUAGCUCUAAAAUCACAGAUGAUAACCACUCUGUCACCGCACUUUACUAGCACAGGGCUUGACACAUCAUAGGUACUCAGUAAAAUUUUAGUCAGUUGGAUAGUACCCAUACAUUAAGGUAGAGGUUUUCAUCCAAUAAAAGCUUACUGAAAUUGUACAAUGUACCAGUCACUAUUUUAAAUUCUGGGAGGGAAAAAUAA